UUAAUACAUUGGAAGAUUUUAAAGAAAAAAAACAAUAUUUAUCGGAAAAAUUUGCAAAAAACAUGGAAUUAUUUCAAGAAAAUGAAAAUGUCUAUAAAAUAAAUUUAAAUGAAAUUGAUGGCAAAUUUAAAAAUUCAAAAGAAAAAAUGAUGAAUGAAUUAUACAAACGACUUUUAACACUUGCCAAAGACUUACAAAUUGAAAUAAUGAAGAAUUUACCAUUUUUUACUCAGCAAUUAAUUAGAGAAAAUAUUCUCAUUCAAAAUGACUACAGUCAAAUAUUUAAUGAAUGUAUUUUCAAAGAAGCACACAAUUUGGAAAUGCUAUAUUCAACAGAAAUGUGUGAUAAUCAAUUAAAAGAAAUUCAAAGACAAACAUUUCUUCGAUUAAUUACUUGUAAAAUUCAAAAAAAUUUUCAAUCAACACUCAAAAUUCAAAAUGAAAAUUUAAAACAAACAUUGAAAAAUACAAAGAAAAUUCUCGAUUCUUCAGAAAUGAAACAAAAAGAAUAUUUUGAAAAAUUACAAUUAAAAGAGAAUCAAGAUUUUCAAAGAAGACAAUUACAAGUUUUAUUACAUUAUUUACAAGUGAAAUUAAAUUUUGCUUUAAAUAAACAAAAACAAUCAAGGGAAAUUGUGAAAAAAUUAAGAAAAAUUUUAAACGAUAUCACAUUUACCGUUUCAAGUGCAUUAAAAGUAUUACAAAUAAAAAAAUAAAAUUUCUAUUAUUAAUUAUUUACUGAUUAAUUAGAAAAAUAAUUUUUUUAGAUAUCAAAAUCAAAUGAUGACAAAAUCACUUACAAACAAUUAUUCGAUUUAUUUGAUCAAUCAAUUAUAUCAGAAAGAAAAAAUUCGUAAAAAUUUAUUUACAAUAUAAAGUAUUUUUCAAAUAGUAAUUUUUU